AUGAAGUUCUCCGCUGCUUGUCUCGCCCUUUCCGUCGGUGUUGCUACCGCUUCACCUGUCUUCCGCAUGCCCAGCUUCGCCAAGCAUGCCACCCGCAGCAAGACCAUUCGCAAGCGUCAGGUUCCUCAGGAGCACUCCCACGACUUUGUCCUCACCAUCACCAAGGAGUUUCUCGAUCUUGAUAACCCCAAGGAGAUUGCCGAUCCUGUCUUUGGUCUUCUGGGUGAUGCUGCCGCCGAGGAGGGUGCUGGUCAAGUCACAAACUUGGCUUGUCUGAAGCAGGAGACAGCUGAUCAGGCUUUCACCAACGCCAAGGCUCUUGGUGACCUUCGUGGUAUGGCUGCUUCGCUACUCUUCCAGGCUAUUGAGCGCAACACCGCCGGUGUUGGUAUCGCCAGUGCUCUUUGCACAGAUGCUGCUGUCAACCCUGAGAUUGCGGCUCUUACUCAACAUCAGGAUGCUGCUGGUGAGGGUGCUGAGGCUGUUAACAAGGCCGUCACCCUUGAGCUGGCCAGACAGUUGGCUGCUAUCGGUGCUGACCCCAACCUGGCUCUUCUCAGUGGCACUUUUGCCCCUGGAGAUCUCAACGAUGCUACUGGUGCUGGAAACUCCUGCGAUACCGAGGAGCCUGAUCUUGGAUGUAUCUUCUCUGAAGGUCUCCUUGUUCUUGAUGCUUCCGAGGAUGAGAUUUCCUCCGCUGUCGCCGACGUAGCCCAGACUUUCACUGGCACCGGUGGUAUCUUUGCCACUGAGCUGGUUGAUCUGGCUUCUUUCUCUGUUGCUGCCAACACCGAGGUUGCUGAUCUCGCCACCAUUGUCGGCGGCGCUGCAGCGACUGAUGCUGCCGCCACUGAUGAUGCUGCUACUGCUACCGAGGAUGCUGCCGCCACUGCCACUGACGAUGCUGCUACCGAGACCGCUGCUGCUGAUGAUACCGCUGCUGCCACCGAGACUGCUGCUACCGAGACUGCGACCGCUACUGGCGGUGCUGGAAAGGGAUGCCGUGUCAAGCCAACCGACACUGCUGCAGGCGCCACCAAGACUGCCGGUACAACCAUCACCACUGCCAUCAGACCCGGUGCUACUGAUGCUGGCCGUGGUCGUGGCGGUAACCGUGACGACGAUCGUGACGACGACCGUGAUGAUGAUCGCGAUGAUGACAGCGAUGACGAGGGUGAUGAUGAUGACCGACGGGGCCGUGGUGGUAACAACCGCGCAGACCGUGCUCAAGAGGGUGCUCGUGCCAGACUUGGUGACGGUAUCAGCCUCCCUCUUCUUCAGGAUAUCUAG